AAGUGCGCUUACCACUCCAAAAAGACCAAACCGUAUACGCGGUCAAAUUUUAGGGCCUUAUUUAUUAUACGACCUACACAAGAGUACUCCGUAACGUUCACAUUCGUAGUACCGCCCCAUUUCCCAUUCGCAUUGUUGUUAUUAUAUUAUUAUCACUGUUACUAUUAUUAUUUUACGUCUCUCCCUCGCCUAUUUCCUCUUUCAAAAUCGACCUGAGGCUGCAGUGCCGAUCCCAGAAUAGGGACCGUUCCUCGGUUUUCGUGCCCACUUUUUUUUUCCUUUUCUCUUCUUAUUAGAGAAGGAAAAGCCCGUUCAGAGUAAGAAGUAAGAGCCCCUCCUACACUCUUGGUUUUCGCCGCGACACUAGGCACAAGCAUGUUCUCCUCGGAGCCAUCUCGGCCGUCGGUCUCGCGGUGAACGGUGAUCGUGCUCAGCAAACAGAAACGAGAGAGAGAGAGAGAGAGAGAGAGAGAGAGGAGAGUGGUACCUUGCGUACGUAGCGAGAGGAGGCGAUGGUUGCGGGGAGGGUGAAAGCGGCGAUAGGGUUUCAGAGGAGCCCGGCGACGCCGAAGGGGGGGGCGGGGUCGGGGGCGGCGGCGCUCGCGCGGUCCUUCGGCGUCUACUUCCCCCGCUCCUCCGCGCAGGUCCAGCCCCGCCCCCCCGACGUCGCCGAGCUCCUCCGCGUCGUCGAGGAGCUCCGGGAGCGGGAGUCGCGCCUCCGCACCCAGCUCCUCGAGCAGAAGCUGCUCAAGGAGACCGUCGCCAUCGUCCCCUUCCUCGAGCGCGAGAUCGCCGCGAAGAGCGCCGAGAUCGAGCGCUCCAGGGAGCGCGCCGGGCGCCUCGAGGCGGAGAACGCCGAGCUCCGCGCCGAGGUCGAGGCCCUCCGGUCGGGGCUCCGCGCGGAGGAGGAGAUGCGGAGGGAGGAGAAGCUUCGGGAGAUGGAGGCGGAGGUCGGGGAGCUGCGGGGGGCCGUUUCGGAGCGGAGCGCGGGCGAUUCGAGAAGGUUCUCGAGCGGAGCUCGGGAGGCUACGGACGAGUGCUCCUCUUCUUCCUCUCAGAUGUUGUUCCAGGGCCUAAUCGACGCCUCCUCGAGCUCGAAUCUCUUCCUAAACAUGAGGAAUCGCCCCAAAUCCACCGACAUUUCCCACAAUGCGGAGACUCCGAAGCUUCCUGGCACCGGUCGGAGGGAGGAGAUUGGAGAAAACGAAGCGACGCAGCAUCCUCGCUGCAGCAGCGAAGACGUUUCGAAAUCUAGGGCUCCUCACAUACCGAAACCUCCUCCAUUACCCUCCUCUUCGUCGUCUUCCUCCUCAUCCACACCUUCUACCUCUUCUUCUUCUUCUUCUUCGUCGUCGUCGUCGUCGUCGUCGUCAUCAUUGUCGUCUUCUUCCUCGGAGACCACCUCCGCCUCGCGGAGCCGAGUUCCGAAGCUGACCUCGUUGCCGCCGAUACCUCCACCUCCUCCUCCUCCUCCGCCGCCGCCGCCGCCCCCGAGAGAAACGAGCUCGGGAAAAGGGCCGGGGCGAGCUCCGCCUCCCCCGCCGCCGCCUCCGCCGCCGCCGAGGGGAUCGAGGUCGUCGGCGGCGGCGGGGCCGUGCGUGCGCCGCGUGCCCGAGGUGGUGGAGUUCUACCACUCGCUCAUGCGGAGGGACUCGCGGCGCGAAAACGGUGCCGGCGCCGCCUCCGACGCGGCCUCCUCCUCGGCCACCUCCGCGCGCGACAUGAUCGGCGAGAUCGAGAACCGCUCCGCUCACCUCCUCGCGAUAAAGACAGAGGUGGAGACGCAGGGGGAUUUCGUAAACUUUCUGAUAAAGGAAGUUGAGGGGGCCGCCUUCACCAACAUUGAGGACGUGGUCGCUUUCGUCAAAUGGCUCGACGACGAGCUCUCGUGCCUGGUGGACGAGAGGGCUGUGCUGAAGCACUUUGAGUGGCCGGAGCAGAAGGCGGACGCGCUGCGAGAGGCGGCGUUCGGGUACUGCGAUCUGAAGAAGCUCGAGGCCCAGGCGGCAGUGUUCCGCGACGAGCCGCGGCAGCCCCGCUCUUCCGCCCUCAAGAAGAUGCAAGCUUUGCUCGAGAAGUUGGAACAUGGGGUGUACAACCUCGCAAGGGUGAGGGAGGGCGCCACGAACCGAUACAAAGGGUUUCAGAUCCCCUGGGAAUGGAUGUUGGAUAGCGGAAUUAUCAGUCAGAUCAAACUAGCAUCAGUGAAACUCGCUAUGAAAUACAUGAAAAGAGUGUCCUCCGAGCUCAAGGCCUUAGUAGGUGGCCCUGAAGAAGAGGAAUUGAUGCUUCAGGGUGUUAGGUUUGCCUUUAGAGUGCACCAGUUUGCCGGUGGCUUUGAUGUAGAGACGAUGCGAGCGUUUCAAGAGCUGAAAGAUAAAGCAUCUUCGUUUCAUACGCAAAGCCAAAGCCAACAUCAACAGCAGAAGCUUAUCUGCAGGGCUUCUUAGAGUUGCUGCUACCUUCCUCUUAUCAUAUGUUUAUCUUACCGCAAAAACCAAUGAAUUGUUUCGUUCAGCGAUUAUUUUGAAUUAUUGUAUUUUGAACAAUUUUGCACUAUAAGGAAGCCAAAAAGCUUUGGUUUUAACUGU